GAGUUAUAGAACUAUUAUGCGAUUUGGAUGGACAUUUUUCAUAUGAAGUGGUUUUGGUGAUAUUCUAAAUUAUCUAAUGAAUAUGGAUGUUGUAGGAGAUUUAAGGUGAAGAAAGAAGUAGUGGAGCCUGAAACUGAUCCUGAGAGGGACCAGAUAACUGUUUUUGCUUACCAAUUAGAUGCAUUGCACUUUUUGCUUUCAUCUUCUAAGGAUUAUUUAGCAUCAAUGUUAAACUUAUGUGUGUUCAAACAUGCAUUUUUUUUUUCUUUUGCGCUAAUGUUGAAUUACUGUUCACCUUGAAUUGGUUGAUGACAAAUGCCUCUAAAAGCAACCAGAGAGAUGUCUAUGAAUUCUUUUCAAAAGCAAGUAAGGUGAGAAAUGUGCAGUUGAUCAUGGAUAGGAAUUCAAAAAGAUCAAAGGGAGUUGGGUCUAUUCCUUUUAUGUUGAGCAAAAUUAUACUUUUUUAGUCCUGUGAAAUAAGUAUUAGUAGCUUUGCUUUCAAUAAUCAAGUUUAAUUGUAUUCUUAAAUGCACUAACAAUGCGAUAAUGAUGAAGAAUGAUGGGAAAACACUCAUGUUUAAUCAAUUCAUACUGCGUACACAAGGUAGAUGACAUAAACCUAAAUUUUUUCUUCUCACCUCUCUUCUGCAUUGAAUUUUCUUUGUA